GCGGCGGCACCAGUCGCUCCUCUCAAACCGCGAAACACGUCCCGGCGUCCUCGAGGACCAGAAUCGCGAGACUCCAGCUGUCUCUCUCUCCUUUUUUCUCUCCCUCCCCCUCGCUUGCCUCUCUCGCACGCUCUUCAUCUUUCUCUUCGAUCCCGGCGUCGCGUCGUUUCUCCGAGUCGUCGGAACCGCGAGUCAACGUUGUCGUCGCGUGUUUGUGCAAACCGGACAGCCAAAAAGAUCAAACGAAAGAGGCCCGACCUAAGGUUUCCCUCGAAGGAAAUUUUCUACCAAGGUUCUCUUCCAACCGUUCACGUGAGAAACGAUGGGAAGACCGACAAUCCUUAAUGAAACCAUAAGAAGAUCGAUUCUAAUUAAGAUCGUAAUCCCGACACUAUAAUCCGUACGACGAGAUCCGGCGAUGUUCCACCGGAUGUACAGUGGCCGACCUUGAACGUGCUGCGACCGGAAGCAGCGUGCACCGCGUGUCCCCUUAUAGUGCCGAUAAGUUUGACGGUUAGAGGAUCUCUUCACGACCUCUCCGCGGUGAAACGGUUUCGAUCGCUUAGCCGGGGGCCUCGUGAAUCUUGAAGCACCCUGGAGAACGAGUGACUUCCGGCGAACGAAAGCCGGACUCCCGGGAGGAAGCUGGCGGGAAUGAUUAAGCUGGAUCCAUAUUAGAGCACCUACUCUCGUCGAUAGCCGAAGGAGUUAACACUUUAACUGUCACGUCACUCGAAGUAGCAAUUCUUUGUAUACCUCUAAGAAUCAAUUUUCCUAGUGAUAUAUACAAGAAACCGAGGUUUCUUGGAUCUGUAAACUAUACGAAGGUUAAAAGAGCGAUAAGCAAAGUCUGAAAUCCUUAACUUUAUCAAGGAAACUGGUUUAAUCCUAUGAAACUUCGAUGAUUCGGCAGUCAACGUGUUAAUCGAAUGGUUAGGUGCCUGACUUAUCUAAAGGAUCUUCAGUUUGAUCGGAUAUUGGAGGACGAAACUACUGUCACACUGUUCGCCCUUGAAAUCCCCGGUGUUACGAAGGCAGUUAGUGUUCCGGUGUUAAUCAGGGCCAGUGAUUAAGCUGGUUAGAACAUGUGGAGAUACCGCGGACGGUCUUCUAGCGUCGUGUCCGCUAUCUCGCGUUGGGAUUAAUUCGCGGCCGGAGUUUGUGUCCCGGCGCGGCGCGUCUGUUCAUUACGGAUUAAUUGCUAACGAGUUAGUCGAUGGUGAGCUGAGGUAGCCAGACGUGGCCUUCUUCCUGCGUAGACUUCGAUUGUUUUAGAGGAUUCGGGACCCUUCCGCGUAGAUACCCCGCGAAGACUCUUCAGGGUGCAAACCGGGGAUGUUAAAUCAUCGAGGGAUCGUGAUCGAACCAAGACGAUUCGACGUACAAACGGAAAUUGUGAGUUGAUGAAAGAAAUCUAGGGAAUCCGUAGGCACAGUUUAUAGGAAUAAAGGUUUGAGGACAGUGAUCCUGUUAAGUGAUUGUUGCUGUCUUAGUUCUUAACUACCAGGAUACAAAGAGACAUCGAUAACGUUCGACGUUGUUGAAGAAAAGAACGAACAAUUCACCUACACCGACGGUCCUUGAAAGAAUAUUAAACGUUCGAUGCUGAAAUGGAAACUGAGUUGAUGUAAAGAAUCUAGAGAAUUUCAAGACGAAGAAGAACAAUGAACAUUCUAAACGAUUUACUCUAUCCAGAAUACCCUAUCUAGACAUUCUAGAUCUGACGAGGAAAGGAGAUCUGUGAUCUGAUGAAAGGAUUGCAGAAACUUUCAAAGAAGAGUUUCCACUGGCUGGAGGAUCCAAAUAAUCGUAAUGCCCAACAUUCUUCUACAAAAAGAACGAACGUUUCAACUACAAUUUAUUCCGAAUCUAGAAUAGAGAUUCUGGAUUUCAUGGAGAAGGGAAAACCGUGAGUUGGUGGAAAACAAUUUGGAGAGUUUCGAGGGAGAGUUGCUAGAACCAGAAAAUCUAAGAGGUUAGAAUCUUGUUCAGUGAUUGUUCCUCAGGGUCCACGGGACUCGAAGAAGCUCGAGGGACAGUGUAACACGGAAGAGAGAAAGCGAGAGAGAGAGAGUUUCGAUCGUCGAUUCCAUCGUUUCGCGGCUGGAUUAUCGACCAUCAGGGAAAAGGCACGCUUGUACGGGAUGCUCGUGGCGGAUCUCGCGUGUUAAUCGGGGAUCAUCUAUCGGCCGGUGACUGUCCAGUAUUCGCCGGUAGUUCUACUCUCUGUGCUAAGUAAAUACGUUUCUAAAUUGGAACGUGGACGUCCCGGGUGGAUCCGGGCGGCGAUUAGCCCGCCGCUGAAUUAUUUUCCGGUUUAAUUGUGCGUCCUUAAUUGAAUCCUGCGGAACGAUAAAUCUGUCGACCCUCAACCUCACCCUCGGAGAGACAACGCCGGCUGGGCAGCGGGACUGGGACGUUUCAGGUGCCCAACACCAGGAAGCUGGUCGUUAAAUCCUCCCAGUAAUACUUUAGCCUGCAAACUUCUACAGUCGUUCCACGAGAAUCACACUCGAAGAUCCAACUGCCUGGAACCAUCCAGGGAAAACACACCUUAGAAGCAACCUUCCGUUAAUCAAUGUCGUGAGACGAAGAGCUGUUCAUCGGCGCUCCAUUAUUCACCCGGAAAAAUGAGCAGGCACCGGGGUAUCGGUCGCAGGAGACGCGGCGUCGACGGAUCGGCGACCUGAUGCGAGCUAAGGGCUGCCUGUAAAAGCGGAGCGCGGUCUGUGGGUCGGCUCCCGCGGUUACGAAAAAUGAACGAGACCGCGGUCUAUCUGCUCGGUUCGGAAGAAGAGGUAAAUGUGCCGAGCAAACAGUUGAACAGGACGUUCUACACGGCUAGCUACCCUCUGCAGAACACCAGCUACGAGGAGCUGUGGCAUUUAGCUACCGACAGGGCUGGCCUGGCCAUCAUCCUAUUUCUCUUCUCGGUGGCUACAGUAUUCGGCAACAUGCUGGUGAUCCUGGCAGUAGUCAGGGAGAGGUACCUGCACACGGCGACCAACUACUUCAUCACGUCGCUGGCGUUCGCGGACUGUUUGGUCGGCCUGGUAGUGAUGCCGUUCAGCGCGAUCUACGAGGUACUCGAGAACCGUUGGCUGUUCACGCACGACUGGUGCGACGUGUGGAGAUCGCUGGACGUGCUGUUCUCUACCGCGUCGAUCCUCAACCUGUGCGUGAUCAGCCUAGACCGGUACUGGGCGGUGACCGACCCGUUCACCUAUCCGCGCAAGAUGACCCGCAAGCGGGCGGCCAUACUGAUCGCCAUUGUGUGGAUCUGUUCGAGCGCGAUCUCGUUCCCAGCGAUCGCUUGGUGGAGGGCGGUGCGCACCGAGGAGGUGCCGGAGGAUAAGUGUCCUUUCACCGAACACUUAGGGUACUUGAUCUUCUCUUCGACGAUCAGCUUCUACGUGCCGCUGUUCGUCAUGGUGUUCACGUACUACAAGAUCUAUCGGGCAGCCGUGAUCCAGACGAGAAGCUUGAAACUUGGCACCAAGCAAGUGAUCAUGGCUUCCGGCGAGCUGGAACUGACUCUUAGGAUGCACAGAGGGGGCGGGACCAACACGGAUGCUAGGCACCUGUUCCGCACCGCCUCCAGCACGCCGGAAGACCUGCAGGAUCUAGAGGAGCCGCUCACCGCGAUCCACAAUAAUUGUCUGGCCAGGGUGCCGUCCACGAGGAUCACCAAGCAACACCUAGGCAAGAACUUCUCGUUGUCCAGGAAGCUGGCUAAGUUCGCCAAAGAGAAGAAAGCCGCGAAGACUCUUGGGAUCGUCAUGGGUGUCUUCAUCGUCUGCUGGCUGCCGUUCUUCGUGGUGAACCUGUGGUCCGGCUUCUGCACCCAGUGCAUCUGGCAGGAGGAGAUCGUAUUCGCCGCGGUCACGUGGCUCGGAUGGAUCAACAGCGGCAUGAAUCCGGUGAUAUACGCUUGCUGGAGCAGAGACUUCCGCAGAGCGUUCGUGAGGAUCCUGUGCGGCUGCUGCCCGAGACGGAUGAGACGGCGGUAUCAGCCGGCAUUCAGAUGCAAACCGAGCCAAUACGUUUCCGGGGGAAACACCGGCGGCCAGGCAAGCAGCGUCAGCUACAGCAGCGUGAGUCAAAGCAGCGACGGCGGUGCCGGAAGUGGGCUGCCCAGUGGCGGGAUGUGACGAUACACGGGGGCCCGGCCCGGGCCUCGUCGAGAUCGAGCGAUCCGUUUCCGGGACACGUGAUUAUAGGCCAACUGCCGGAGGAUCAGGCCGAGACACCAUAACGUCUCGGGCCAGGAGAAAAAAGCUUCACGGUGUCCUGGUCGCGCGAAGAAGACGACCGCCAACCGGCCCCCAUUUGCGAGCGAUCCGGGGGCCCGUCGCGGGGGCAUCACGAUUGCGCUCCCUUAUUCCCCGUCGACGGGCCCGCGUGACGAAAUGUGGACCACGAAGAGACCACGAAGAAGCCUCCCACCCUUUGUACAUAACGUUUUAUACCACCGACGAAGGAUUCGAGCCGAAUAACUCGUUGCCGUUUUCACGUUCCGGUGUCUACCGACGUCUCGUAACCUUAGCGAACCUACCGAACUGUUUAAUCGAACGUGAAUCGCGUGUUUUCGGAUAUACGCCGUUUCCCUCCUUAUGGUCGCGCUAAGGAGAAGAUACAAACGCGUGGCUAAUUUCUAUUGCGCUAGGAAUUGAGAUGGUUUAAAAUUUGAUUUGGAUAACUCGAAACUAGGGAAGCAUUUACGUUGGAUAUAAUUUUUUAUUAUGUUGCGUCGUGAUAGGUGUUUGAAAAAUAUUGUAGCUUACUCUAAUGUAAGUUUUGAUUUUCUAAUGUAUCUUUAUUUUCUACUUUGUUUCAUUGUGUUUUCAAUUGAGCUCCUAACUGUGAAUAUCUGUUAUUAAUAUUUUUGAGACUUUAUCGAGUAAGGAGGUUUUAUGCGACGUUAAUGAAAUUAAUGAAACUGAAGGAAAGAGUUAGGGAGUAAAAUGGAAGUGAGCUAGCCAAUGACACUACUGUAAGAUCUUAUUGAAUGCUCUCUAAGCGUGACCUUAAGAAGGGAAUGAACACCGUAUACAGAAACUCGACGUGUCGCAAAUAAAAUAGUGUCCAAAGUGACACAGUCGCGAGCGAAUUUAUUCAGCCUUCGGCGCUUCCCCCGUACUCGAAGCAAAAGAGUCAAGACUGGCAGCACUAAAGGUAUCCUCAUCGACUCGUCCGGCGAAUGUCCAGGAACGAAUCCAUUCGCCGUACCGUUCGUCGCUUAUUCACGACUAGGCUAAUGUAACGUGAAACAAGUAGCAAGGCCAAUGUAACUUAAUUGACGGACAGCGCGGACGAAAUGCGCUAAAAAGGAGCCCGUGCAUUUUACGAUUUAUAAAAUGAAUACAUAUAUAAAAUGCGGAAGUCAAUCUUAUCAACUUAAUCCUAAAAGAAGACAAAGGUAUCAAACAUUUUGUUCAAUGUUGUGCUUCAAUUUCUUUAAAAAAUAUCUAUUUCAUCUAGCGCUUUAUAAUCAUUUUUAUUAAUUUGUAAACGUGUAUUUAGAUUCUUUUGUUUUAAAACAUAUAUUUAAUAUAUUUUGUCCUUCGAAGACAAGGUCGUAAGGGGUUUGAAUAAAUUGUAAGGUGAAUGGGCCCUUUGAUCAGUUUUAAUUGUAAUUACGAUCGAAAUGGAAUAUUUAGAAACAAAUUGAAGCGUGACCGUCGCCAUUAGUGUGUUUAAGAUCAUCCUCUCGAAUUGUGUUCCAACGACUGUCUAGCAAAUCAGUUCCCGUCACUGUCGAAGGAUCGAUCGCAGGUUGAGCGUCGCUGUUACUUCGAUCAUCGUAACGGACAAUCUCUACUCGAAGAAUGGUACAUAUACUCGUCUACUUCUAUAGCGAAUAUUUUUGCAGCAACGGUAUUUUCGUUUCACGAGAAUCACCCUAGUUUAGAAAACCUGUCGGUGUAUAUAAAACCAUCGCCGUAUAAUUGUAAAUAUUAGUAAACGACGAAGAUGAACGAAGCGCAUGCCCGCGCGCGUGCGCGAAAUCGCGACGGAACAUGCGUUUAAAUGUAAUCGUUACGUGAAACGUUUUUUCGAUUAUCAAUUAAUUCAGUAUUAUUCGACGGUAAUGCCAUCUCAUCGUUAAAAAACAAAAAGACAAACACGAAAUUCUAUUUUACUUGAAAGACGAAUAAACUUAUAGUUGAGAACCACUGUUGGCGAACGAUGUAUACGUUACGAAUAACUUUAUACAAACUCCGCCAUGUUCUCCGUUUUCCCUCUCUUUUGUAAUAAAAAACGAGUAAAAACAUCGUUUGGACAGGUUGAGUUAAUUAGAGUUUUUCUGGGACAAGAGUGUGCGUACAUUAAAGAUAAAUUCAAACAUCACGUGUUUUUUUUCAUCAGAAUUCCGGUGCUCAUAGUAUAUCCGCGCAAGACUCAUUUAAAUAAACUUUUUCAAUUAUGAAAUUAUGUUCACUCGGUUCUGAGAAAUAGGUAGAUUACUCGUAUUCUGUCGGCUAUAUUCUUCUCUUUAACAUGGUAUUGAAGCAAGCGAAUGUAAAAAGCAGUGUAUUUAUCAUGAUGGAGAACGCGGUUAAUGUUGAAGCGGAUGGACUUAUCAAAAAUUUGAAAAUGGUAAAUACCUCUAUAGCCGAUGUGCCCGAAUGGAAAUAUCACUUCGUCUGACUCGAGUCAAAUAAUAUUCACUAUUUGAAACAGAAUUUACACUGUAUACUAAUUAUUUCUACGUGAACAACAUUUAAAUAAACUUUCGCAAACGGGGCACAAGAACGCUUGCCAAAGUGAGGAAACCGUUCGAAAUGUUAGAUGGUCACCCUGGCGUGUGAUUGGUUGACGUCUUGACAAAGCUAGUCAUUAUAGAUACUGUAAGCUCGUUAGAAUUUGAGAAUUUAAUAAAACAAAGAUCGACAACACUGACGUGUCGAGGAAAAGAAAACAAAAAUACAAAUAAUCUGGAAUAAAUUGAUCUGUACCGUUGAAAUUAAAAGAAUAAACAAAGAAACGCGAAAUAAAUGUUCACAAUUUCGACCAGUGUUUCCACAGCAUUUCCGGUUUAGAUGGCGCUUUGUACAAAUACAAGUUGUUUCUGUCUAAUUUAAUCGCCUAAAAUUUAAUCCGUAUAUUUGUUUCAUCUGUGUCAACAUAUAUGCAGUAACGGCGAGGGUAAGAAAAUUUUAUUGUAAAACACUGUUCAUAGAAUGUACUUUAGCAUGUACACACUCCUCAUAAUCCAUAAACUCGAUGCUACGUUAAAUGAAACAUUUAAGGGAUUCUAAAUUCGUCGUGCACAUAAGCGUGUAAUUCGCGUUGUGUUUGUAUACAUACAUAGGAAAUCGAAAAAAUUUCCCUGGCCUGUACAUACCGUAUACAUAAUGUGACAAAACAAAUACCGUGUAAUUUUAAUUUUUAAGAAGUAGAUAGCACGCGAACAUAAAAGUACCAUAAUUCAUGUACAAGAGCCACAUUCUCGAGACCACUUAAGUACCUUUGAAGAAAAAAUGUAUCUAUCAAUA